AAUUACAAUUGACGCGCUUAAUAGAAAUCAUAAAUAUUAUUUCAAAGUUUAUAAUAUAUCUGCAAGAUCUAUUCAUGAUAUUAUUUUAUUUCAGUUCUCAGAAUUCAUUAAAAAAUGUUUAAAAUCUUUCCUGCAAAUCGGCAGAUUGACAAGUGACCGUGAAGAUCAGAAGCACUCGAUCGAAUUUCCGAAAGCGACUGUAGUUAACUUCAUUUUUGUGAAUAACGCGCCGCCGAUUUCGCGGAUGUCGUCCAAGUAACCUUCCACGUAACACCCACGAAAUAAUCAUGUUAUUAAGAUUCUGCGUUUUUUAAUAUCAGCGAAGCUCGGCCCGGACAACGGGCGGAUAAAGUGUUUUCAAUAAACUGUUAUAUUAUCUGAAAUAUAUUCUUAAUUCUUCCUCACCGUCUCACCCGUCUUUGACGAAGAUUUGACAGCACGUAAUAAUCCGAGACGCCAAAAUUGCAGCAUCGAGAGACCUGAGAAAUUAUGGUUUCUCGUCGAACGAAAAAAAGGAAGUGCACGAUUUUCCCGAACGAUUCAAAGCAGAAAAACUUUCACGAGCACGGAACCAUCAAUUAUUCGGAGAGCCAACUGCACGAGCAUCCGUACGAGACGCGUUCGAAGAGUUCGAAAAGUAAGAUAGAAACGACGACGCUCAAAUCUCUCGUCCCAUCGAGACGGCCAUCGAACGACAGUGUUAUAUAUCUAGGAUCGUUUCAUAAAAGUCCGCAACUUGUAACGUUAGAGGACAGCAACGAAAGCUCUUCCGAGAAAGUUGUUCAUCCGGAAGCAUGGACAUUAGAAUCACGAAAAGUCACAUAUAUUUGAAGUAACAUAUACAUUUGUAUUCGUUAUAAGCUCUAACUAAAUUCCUUUCUUUUUACAUCGCCUUUGAUGAGAAAAUGUAAUGACAAUUUCAUAUAAUUGAUUAAUUCAAACUAAAUAUUUUCUUACUAAAUUAAAAAGGAAUCUCUUAUCA